AUGAAAGAAACAUUUACAAAAAAUAAUGAAUUAAUUGAGGAGGACAAUGUAAAAGAUAUUGGAAGAAGAAAUAAUUUGAUUUAUGAAGUUAAUAGAAAAAGUAUGCCAAUGAUUCCAUUAACUGAUUUUGAAAGUUUAUCACAUGUUUUUGAGAAUCAUAAUAAUUUUAAUGGAAAAGGAAAAAGAGAGACAGAUACAAGUGAAAGUUUAUAUCUUGGACAAAAAGAAGAAAUUCCAGAUGAUAAUCAGUUACCAUUAACAACAUUUUUUCCUGAGGAUAUUGAAGGUUCCGCAACUAUUGAGCCACGUUUUAAAAAAAUAAUUUUAUCUCCAAAUUGUGGUUUAACAUGUUAA